AUGCCCAGCGCUCCGCAGGCGCCCGCGCGCCCCAAAGAGGCCCCCGGGCGAGGACCCCGCGCUGGCCGCGCCAUGGCGGCCGCCGGCGGGGACGCGGUGCAGGAUGGGUUACAUCCAAGGAAUCUUAUCCCAGAGCUUUGUAGACUGUUUUAUGGUUUAGGCUGGGUAACGGGAACUGGUGGAGGAAUCAGCUUGAAACAUGGGGAUGAAAUCUACAUCGCUCCUUCAGGAGUCCAAAAGGAAAGAAUACAGCCAGAAGAUAUGUUUGUUUGUGACAUAAAUGAACAGGACAUCAGUGCUCCUCCACUGCACAAGAAACUAAAGAAAAGCCAGUGCACACCUCUUUUUAUGAAUGCCUACACUAUGAGAGGGGCAGGCGCAGUGAUCCAUACACAUUCCAAGGCUGCUGUUAUGGCUACUCUUCUUUACCCAGGGAGUGAGUUCUCUAUUACCCAUCAGGAGAUGAUAAAAGGAAUCCAGAAAUGUACUUCAGGAGGCUAUUACAGAUAUGAUGAUACCCUGGUGGUUCCUAUUAUUGAGAAUACACCAGAAGAGAAGGAUCUCAAGGAGAGAAUGGCACAUGCAAUGGAAAAAUACCCAGACUCUUGUGCUGUCUUGGUCAGACGUCAUGGUGUUUAUGUAUGGGGAGAGACAUGGGAAAAAGCCAAAACGAUGUGUGAAUGUUAUGACUACUUGUUUGAUAUCGCAGUGCAGAUGAAGCAGCAUGGGCUAGAUCCUUCAAAACAUCCAGUGGGAGAAAAUGGGAUCUUGUAAAUGUCAACAACAUUUAUAUUCAGGUUUCUUACAUGAUGAUAGGAGUUCCAGCUUUCACCCCACACUAUUGAAGCCAGAAGGGGGUGCUGAUCCUCAGUUGAAUUGACAAAUGUCAGCAGGAACUUUUAACUGUUAAACGCACCCAAGAAGAAAAGGAGAGUUAAAGAAACCCCAAAUACUGAACAAUCAUUGCAAUUUACAAGUCCUGCCAAAUGCCACAGUAGGAGGAAUGAAAAUUCAGAUGCAAAAAUACUUUGAAAAAUUUUGGAGAACUACUGUCACAUUUUGGUUUUGUGCCUUAAAAAUUCAUAUUUCAACAACCUACAUUUGUUGAUCCUGCUCUAAUGCUACAUCAUUUAACUUGAAAUAAGUCUCCAUUUUUGAAAGGUAGUGUAGCUUUUAUUCUUUGGGAAAAAAAAAAAAGGACAACCCCUUAUUUAAAAAAAAUAAAGUUUAAAACAUUGUUUGGACUGUUGAUUCCUUCAUACCAUGUUCAUGUUUAUGAGGGGUUUUCUGUUUGUUUGUUUGUUUGUUUUUAAUUAAGCUUGUAGCAUAUGUAUUUUUAAAUUUUCCCAAUUGUGAUUAUAAUGAGAAGAUUUUAUAGCACGUAUUUUGUAGCUGUUACUGAGGGACUGCUCUGGGUAUUACCUCUUUAAAUUCCUUCACUUUGAAUAGCAGCUUUUUAUGACCUCUGCUUAGCCCCCACAAGGUAGAUCUAAUCAAACUGCUUAUUAAAAUACAGUCUCACAUAAUUAUGACACUUGGUGUCUUCUUUCAGAAUCUUCUGGAAUGGCCCUCUGGUGGCAUCAGUGUAAGACUGACCAACUUUCUAAUUGAGUGUUGAGACCUCAGUCCCAAGGGUGAACUGAGACAGGCUAAGUGCCAGCUGACCCUGUUUUCUGCUAGGGGCCAUGCAUUCCCACCACUUCCCCUUCCAUCAUCUGGCACUUCUUUUGCAGCUUCCAUAAGGUGAAUUAACUCUUCAACCUAAAAUAAAACUAUUAUGGAAGUGGGGGAAAAAAUGUUUUAAUUAAUUCCUACUAGGCCACUGGUAAAAACACUGAAUCAAGUCCAGGGUGGGUCCAAAGAACCAGGGCAAGUGGAGAUGGCAGAUGCCAGAGAUGGCAGACGCCACUUCCCCCUUUUCCUGGGGAUGACAAGGUCAGCAUUUUGUGUACCCUUAGGCAUGUCUGCCCUUCCCUCUUGUACAUAGCUCUGUACCUUUAACCCUUAGGGGGACCUUGGUUAUUGUGAAAUAAUGAUUAUCACUAAGUAACUGCAGGUUGCUUGUAAUACGUUUAUUGAUAUGUUUUUUUAUUAUUAGGUGCUUGUUUGCCAGUGGCAAAUACUUUGCAGCAAUUCCACAGCUUCUGAGUGUAUGUGGAUUGCAGUAAGAACUUGUAUGAAAAUGCUAUUUUUGGACCAGAGAGUGACUUUGGACAGGCUGCUUCACUUAAACAUAAGCUAUCUCUGAAGUGUGUUCAAGACUUGAGAGGUGCAGCUGACCUGAAGGGAAAGCAGACUGUAAUUCUCUUAACUUUUCUUCCCUGUGGUUGUAGUAAUAAAAAUACUUCUCCAUAUGAUAAUCCAGUUGGUCUUGAAAUCUAGUUGCCAUCUAUUGUGGCCUUUAAUCCUUUAUUUAAACUGCCUGAUUUUUGCAAAAAACAACUUUGUGUGGUAUUCUGAUGAUGAUGUCAGAAUAGGUGAUAAUUGUAUCAGUCCGUGAUACUGAUGUUUCGUAAGAAUAAAGAACAUUUUGC